UCAAUCAAAUUAGAAAAAGUGCCAAAAUGAAAAUUGAAAUUACUUUAUUAAUUAUCGCCUGCACUGCCUCAAUGGUUCUGGCCAGACCCCAGGAACCCAUUGCUAUCGUUAGUCAAGAAUCUAAUCAAGAACCUGAUGGCUCCUAUAGAUAUUCCUAUGAAACCGCCAACGGCAUUAAGGGCGAGGAAACGGGUACCCUAAAGAAAGCUACUUCUGCUGACACCAGCGAUGUUAUUGUGGCCAGCGGUUCCUUCUCUUAUACCUCGCCCGAAGGUGAACAAAUCUCUUUGAAUUAUGCCGCCGACGAUGAGAACGGCUUCCAACCUCAAGGCGCCCAUUUGCCCACACCUCCACCAAUUCCACCAGCAAUCCAAAAGGCUUUGGAUUAUUUGUUGAGCUUGCCACCCACCAAACGUCGUUAAGUCAUUCACUUCAAAUAUCCAUCCAUCCAGCAGGAACUCUUCUUAGAACAAACAUUGAUUUCAACAAAAAAGAAAAACGCAAAAAGUAAAAAAAAAAUCAAAUACAAGCAAAAAAUUAAAAGCAAAGAAGAGAUGUUCUUAGUAGUAUAGUGAUUACGUCUAUCGUAAAUUUUUCUUUUACACACAAUUUUUGAUUAAAUAACAACAUGAACUGCAAAGUGACCACAAACUGUUAAACUUUAUGACUGUCACAGAUUCAUUUUCAUUUGUGUACAUAAAAGCAAAAAAUCAACAAAAUAUUUUCUUUUUCUUCUUCUUUUCUGUUAUUGCACCACUGCCAACCAACUCAGUUAACUAUCUGUAGAAAGUGAGUGAGUUUUAAAGAACUUAAAAAAAAAAAAAAAAAAGAAAUAA